AUGAUAAUGGCAUCUUCAUCAACAUCAACAAUGAGAGUGAUGACCUUUAACAUCAGGUAUGAUACUCCAAAGGAUGGUAUCAAUGAAUGGAAGUACAGGAUGCCGCAGGUAAUCGAUAUGAUGAAGAAGUAUAAUCCUAUUAUAUUCGGACUGCAGGAAUGCCUUCAUAGUCAACUUGUCCAGAUCAAGUCUGCAUUGAACAAUGAAUAUGAUCAUAUUGGUUGUGGACGUGAUGAUGGCAAGCAACUUGGAGAGUACUCCCCAAUAUUCUACAAGAGAUCAGAGUUAGAGAUGGUACAUAAUGGACAGUUCUGGAUAUCAAAGGAUAGUUAUACUCCUGGAUCAAAGAGUUGGGAGACUGUAUGUCCGAGAGUUGCUACAUGGGGCAGGUUCAAGUGUACCAAGUCUGGCCGUGAGUUCUACUUUAUCAACACUCACUUGGAUCAUAUCUCUGAGGAGGCCAGGACUGAAGGUUGCAUGAUGAUCAAGAGUUUUAUCUCCUACUUGGAUCACAAUAUCCCAGUGGUGUUUGUUGGAGACUUCAAUGCCUAUGAGGAGACCAAGCCUGUAAAGACCUUAUUGGGAUCACAGAAAGAUAUCGAUGGACAUCAAUACCUUGGAUAUCUUAAGAUUCCUGUGGCACCUGGCUAUUCAUUGCAACAAUUAUACAAUGCAUCGGAGAUCACACAAUCAAAGACUGGUCCAAAGAAGACAUUCACUGGAUUCAACUUGGAGUUUGAAUUCACUAUUGACUACAUCUUUGUCAACAAGGGCUUUGGUGUAUCCUCGUUCCAGGUAGUGGAUGAGUCACUGAAAGAUUAUGACUUCAAGAGACCACUUUACUCUGACCAUCUGCCAGUCAUUGGUGAUCUGCUAUUCAAG